AUGUCCGUCCACUCGCAAAAGGUCGCCGUCGUCCGCACCAUCAAGAAACUCGUCGACUGCCUCGUCAACAUCAAGGACGACUCCGGCCAGUUCCUGCUCACCUUGGCAGACGGCAGAACCAUCGACACAAAGGGCUGGAACGACUGGGAGUGGACACACGGGAUAGGCUUGUACGGCCUCCUCAAACUCCACCAGAUCACAGGCGACCCCGAGCCCCUCCGCAUAGCCCUGGCAUGGUUCAGGGACCGCUUCGACGCCGGCACGACCAAGAACGUCAACACCAUGUCCCCCCUCCUCACCGCCGCCUACCUCCACGAAGCCCGCCAUGCCGACUACCUCGUCCACCUCGACUCCUGGGCCGAGUGGCUCAUGCACGACAUGCCCCGCACCGACGAGGGCGGCCUCCAGCACAUCACCUACGUCGACGAGAACCGCCAGCAGCUCUGGGACGACACCCUCAUCAUGUCCGUCCUCCCCCUCGCCAAGAUCGGGCUCGUCCUCGGCCGCCCGGACUACGUCGAGGAGGCAAAGAGGCAGUUUAUGCUCCACGUCAAGUACCUCGCCGACCCCGCCACCGGUCUCUGGUUCCACUGCUGGACCUUCGACGGCCGCCACCACUUCAGCCGCGCGCGCUGGGGCCGCGGCAACUCCUGGGUCACCGUCGCCAUCCCGGACUUUAUCGAGCUCCUCGCGCUCCCGCCCUCCGACGGCCUGCGCCUCUUCCUCGCCGCGACGCUGCGCGCGCAGAUCGACGCGCUCGUGCGCUGCCAGGACCCCGCCAGCGGGCUCUGGCACACGCUCCUCGACGACCCGCGCUCGUACCUCGAGGCGUCCGCCACCGCCGGCUUCGCGUACGGGAUCCUCAAGGCCAUCCGCCUGCGCUUGAUCCCCAAGGAGGAGCGGUACCUCGAGUGCGCGCGCAAGGCCGUGCACGCGGUUCUGGCGAAUAUUUCGGACAGCGGGGAGCUGCUGCAGGUGUCGUUUGGCACGCCGGUCUUUGACGAUUUGGAGGGGUACAGGCAGAUACCCUUGACCAGCAUGCCGUACGGGCAGAGCUUGGCCCUCUUAGCCUUGACGGAGCACCUUAGAACAUUCAUAUGAGCGAGAAUAAUGAUGAAACAUAGAAGUAUUUGUCCACGCUGGCCUGCAACAGUAGUGUAAAGUGC